AUGUGGCAGGCCGAGGGGCAGCGGGCCGGGGCCGGGGCUGAUGCCGAUGCCGGGGCGGCCGCGGCCCCGGCGCAGCCCGGGCAGCCGCCCUGGGAGGGGGCGGGCGGCGGCGGGCAGGCCGCGGCGCUGCGGGGCCUACGGGCCCGGCUGGAGGCGGCCGGCUGCGGCUGGCCCUGCGAGGGGCUGAGCCCCGCCGCGCUGGGGGCGGCGCUGGGCGGCUUCGCGGCGCCGCCGGCGCGGGAGCAGGACGCCGGGGACCUGCCCGAGAGGGCGGCGGCCGCGGGCUCCGCGCUGCUGCUCUUCCUGGCCGAGCUGCGGGAGGGGCAGGAGGCUCGGGGGGGCCCCGCGGCGGGGACACUCCUGCGUGGCCUGCUGGCGCCUGUCUACGUCUUUGCGGCAACCCACGCUGCAGAGAGGCCCUGGACGAGCCCGAAGUCACGGUCGGUGGUGCAGGAGCUGCUGGCGGAGCUGCUUCGGGCUACGGGCUGUGAUUCGGUGGCUGAGUUCCUCCGCGGGAAGAGCGAAGACGAGGAAGGAAGGUUCGCUGCAGUGAUGGGGCUCCUGAAGCAGGAGUUGACCAAAGACACUUGGAAGCGCAACCCUGCCACGAAGCACGUGUUCUCCUGGACACUGCUUAAGGUCACCCGGCCCUGGCUUAGCCAUUACCUGGAGAGUGUUCUCCCACCGUCGUUGCUCAUCUCAGAUGACUAUCAGGAGGAAAAUAAAAUCCUGGGUGUGCGCUGCCUACAUCAUAUCAUUCUCAAUGUGCCAGCUGCUGAUCUGUGCCAGUUCAACAGAGCUCAAGUAGUAUACCAUGCCCUUUACAACCAUCUCUAUUCGCGUGAGGCCCCUCUCAUUGAGGUGGUACUGCUGUGCCUGCUGGACUUGCUGCCCAUCCUGGAGAGAGCCCAGCGGCACCAGAAGGAGGCCCGGCCAACUGCCCGCUGGGAUGAGGUCUUGCAGCUGGUUCUCACCCACAUGGAGGCAGAGCAUCGCCUUGCACUGCGGCGGGUGUACGCCAGGACCCUGCCAGCCUUUGUGCAGAGACUUGGCAUCCAGAUAGCCCGGCACCUGAAGAGGCUGGAGCGGGUUGUCCUGGGGUAUCUGGAGGUCUGUGAUGGCCCUGAGGAGGAAGCUCGGCUGGGAAUACUGGAGACACUGCGAUGUACCAUAGAGCGUGCCUGGCCCAGAAUGCCAUGUAGGCUCCCUGUGCUCCUCAAGGCCCUGCUGAAGAUGAUCUGGGAUGUACAUACUGACCAGGGUUCAACCCCAGAGCCGGUAAAAGGAGCCUUGCUGCAGGGAGCCACCGAGUGCCUCAUCCUGCUGGAUCGGUGCUCUGAGGGGCAAGUGAAGGUACUCCUGGAAGGAGUGUACAGCAGGUGUGAGGAAGGCCGUGUGCGGGAGUGCAUCAGGAAAGUGCAAGAGAACACGUGAGGCACGGCUGAUCCAAUGUUCGUCCUGCUUUUUGUACAGUAAAUUUUUUUUUUUUA